AAAGUAGGACUUCAGCUGCAAUCACAGCGUCUCACAGUUUGUUGUUCUGCCGAAUCUUCGGACUGAAGUUUGACUUGUUUCAGAGGAGGAAAAGUUUGUUUUCACUCACCGGAAACGCGACGGAAGCCGAAACGUUUGGCUUCAGAGUUUUGCUCUCUGGAAAUCGUCGGAUUGUGGAUCUGUUCUGGUUCGUUGGGAGGAGCUGCAGCCCGAUGCAGGCAGGUGAUGGAUGUCAGCGGGGUUCAAGGUCGAAGCUGCAGAAGACAACUUCCUCCUUCUCUCUUCUCUCUCCAGACGGCUGGUCCCUCAGAGGGAAGAAGAGGAAGCAGGCCAGCAGAGAUGCAGACUCCCUCAGUCUCUGCAGUCUGGACAUCAACGAGCCCAGCACCAAGCGCAGUAAACUUGUUACCAGGGUGACGUCUCUGGCCAGCCUGCUGCCUCCCGUCAAGACCGCACCGCUGAAGAGGAUUGGUCAGACGCUGCAGCGCUCCAUCAGUUUCCGUAAUGAGAGUCAGAUGGAGAGAGCUGCUCAUCCUCCUCCCUCCUCUUCGACAACGAAGACGCGCGUCAUCUCGGCAACAGUGUCCAACCCUUCCUCCUCCAUGACCGCCACGCGGGUUUCCACGGCAACAGCCCCAGCCGCCAAGCGCCGUGACAGCAAGCUUUGGAGCGAGACGUUCGACAUCCGCCUGGGAGCAACGCAACCUCUGAGCCCAAAAGAGAUAAAACGACAAGAGGCCAUAUUUGAGUUGGCUCAGGGCGAGCAAGACUUGGUGGAAGAUCUCAAGUUGGCGAAGAAGGCCUACCAUGACCCGAUGCUGAAGCUGUCAAUCAUGACUGAGCAGGAGCUGAACCAGAUCUUUGGGACUCUGGACUCACUGAUUCCCCUGCAUGAAGACCUGCUGAGUCACCUCAGAGACGCCAGAAAACCUGACGGGUCCACAGAACAUGUGGGACACAUCCUGACUGACUGGCUGCCCUGUCUCUCCUCAUACACUCCGUACUGCAGUAACCAGGUGAAGGCUAAAGCCUUGUUGGACCAAAAGAAGCAGGAUCGGCGGGUGCAGGACUUCUUGCAGCGCUGUCUGCAGUCGCCCUUCAGCAGGAAGUUGGACCUGUGGAACUUUCUGGACAUUCCCCGCAGCCGAUUGGUGAAAUAUCCUCUGCUGCUCAGGGAGAUCCUGAAGCACACGCCCAACGACCACCCGGACCGGCAGCACCUUGACGAGGCGAUGCUGAUGGUGCAGAGCGUGGUGGCGGACAUCAACAGGCGGACGGGUGAGUCGGAGUGUCAGUACUACAAAGACCGUCUGUUGUACACGGAGGACGGACAGAGGGACGAACUGAUUGACCGCUCCAGGACCCUCAGCUGCCACGGAGAACUGAAGAACAACAGAGGACUCAAGCUCCAUGUGUUUCUGUUCCAGGACGUCCUGGUAAUCACCAGGUCCAUCUCCCUGAACGACCAGCCAGUCAGCUACCAGCUCUGCCGACAGCCAAUCCCCAUCCGGCAGCUGGACCUGGAGGACCUAUUAGACGGAGAGAUGAGAGUGGGCGGGUCCAUCAGAGGGGCCUUCAGCAACAACGAGCGGACAAAGAACUUCUUCCGGGUUUCAUACCGUACCGGAGGUCAGCUGCAGAGCCACUGCUUCCAGGCCAGCGAUGCCUUCAACAAACAGCAAUGGAUCAACUGCAUCAGACAAGCCAAGGAGGCCGCAGCACUGACUGGAGACCAGCCACCAGAGACAGGGCAAUGUCUGGAGACAGGGCUGGGUGGACAGAUAGGGCCGCUUGGGGAGACAGGUCUGAGUUUGUGCUGUGAUUCAGGGCUUGAGGAUGAGAAAGGGAUGUGGGGGGAGAUGCAAACAGGGCUCCGUUUGGAAGGAGAGGCCGGUCUGAGUGGAGAGAAACAACUCAGUUUGGGUAAAGAGGCUGUGGUGCCGGGUGGAGAGAUGGAGACAGGAUUGGGUGUGGAUGGUGGGAUGGGUUUGGAUUUAGACGGAGAUACAGGGAUGGACGGUGAGACGAGGCUGACGGUCAGUGAGACAGGUGUGGAGAUGGAGACAGGGCGGGGUGGGUGUGGUGAGAUGGGGACAGAGCCAGGAGCCAGAGCAGACCGGGAGAUGGAUGGAGGAGGAGGAAAAGGAGAGACUCUCAGCGGAGGUGCUAAUGAGGCUCCCACCUCCCUUUUCACCUCUGCUUCUCCCUGUCAAGAGGAGGAGGAGAGGGGGGUGAUGGAGGAGGAGCAGAGUGGUGCUGAGGAGGGGGAAGAGGUCAGCAUGGACACCAGUGAGGUUGACUCACUGCAGGGCGAGGAGCUGACCCACAGGUGCUGAUGCUUGGCCCACUCUGACAGACUGGCACUGCAGCCAAUCGAAUGGUGGACUUGAUGAUGAUGUCACUGACUAACAACGUCAAAAUAAUAUCAACGACCAGACAAACUUGUCAAUACACUUUAACCAACAUGUUCUGGAACACUGUAGCUGCUGUAUCCAGACUGAUGGUAAACCACAAGAGCCACUUUGCUGUAGAAUGCCACCACUGCCCACAUCCUGGAACUCUGGCCCCAUGGAACUGUAUGCAGCGCGUGGAUGCAUUAAGAGGCCUGGAUAACAUGUUCAGACACGGUUCCCUGUUCAUUCCAGUGAAAGCUGCUCAGCAGCAGCAUAAUGCAAAUAACGUUUUUCAAGGUUCUUCAGACAUGGUGGCUCAAAUUCUGACAAUACAAAGACUUAAGGUGGAGUAUUUGUAGGGCUUAGGCUGCCUUUUGAAAUGAUAUGUGUGUUUGGGAGAAAGCAUUUUAGGCCAUCAUGUGACCUGCAUUUCUUACUGUUGCCACUAUACCAAACAUUGCCUCAAAGCCCAGUGGUGUUCCUGGGGGUUUGACCAUAAAGAGUAUAAUUAGUCGACCGACCAUCUGGGGUCUGAAAAGUGGAAGCCAACACGAUGAGGCUUAAAUCUGCAGUCUCUCUGAUGCCCAGCAGGAGGCGAUUCCACUGGUUUCAAAGGAAAUCCCAUGUUUUUGAGAACAUGACCCUACUCCUCACUUGAUUUUUUACCUCACAAACAGUUUCCCAAUGAGUUUAUGGUCUCAAUUGUACUUUCAAGCAUUCUUCAAUACAGCAUGAUAUUCAUUUAGUAAAUUAUGGUCCCAUUUAGGGUGAAAUAGAAGAUAAAGCAGGGAAUGCGACAGGGCGUGGCUAUUUUAUGAUUGACAAGUUACUACCAUGGCAUGUCCUCUGGUUCUCUGUCAGAUCCAAUCCACACAGAGGCGUAGCAAUGUGCAUCCUCCUAAGCUCCACCCUCUUGUCCAAAUAUGGUCACUUGUGGCUCUAAAAACCCAAGAUGGUGUGGUGGUCAGCCACAGUUUUGUUGUUAACAAUAUCAGCAGCAACAUUCUCAGGUAAUACACGCAAAGGGUAUGAUGUGGAGACCAAGUGAGCCAGUCACAAGAGUUCAAGUCAAGUUAAUAGAAUAGCUUCUUGCAUCUAGAACGCUACCAGUGAAUGAUACUGAAUCCUGCUUGCAGCUGCAGUUACCACAGUAUUGAAGAAUAUGAGACAGAGCAUUGCAGAUGUCAAGUGAAGUUCUAGUAUUGUGACUGUUGGUCAUUUAGCACAUUGAAGAGAUUUGGUGAAUGCAGACUCUGGCAUGAACUAUGCCAGCUGGAGUCAACAGUGCAAGCCCUCUACAGCUGUCCAAAGCCUGUUAACAGUAAUCAUCUCAAUCUUCCUGAUCAGUUGAAGGUUUGCUUGGUGGUCAGCAACUCUCCCAACUUGACCCAUUUCUAAAACUCUUGAAAAGAUGUCUUAAAAUCAGUCGCAAUGUCUGAAAACACUGGAGAAAACAGAGCUGCCCACCCAGUUCUGAUGGCUCAAAGUCUAGAUUCACGACAUUUUGUGAAUGUAUGAAUGUGAAUGUAAAGUGAACAUUCUUCAAGAAUUUGCCAAAAACUUCUUGGUGAAAAGUAAUUCAGGUCCAGUUUUCAGUGAUGACGGUGAGAUGCCAAUGCUCAGCCACUGCAGGCAUGAAUAAUGUUCAUACAGUGGAGUGAGACAAGAUUGUGGUGGUGGACACAGACUUUUUCCCUCAACACAGAAUCCUGUCUUACCUCUUCUUAGUAACCAAUAGCCACUAUCAACCAUGACCACAUUUUUUUCUGUAAAGAGCUUUAACUGCCUGUUGCAACAAACCUGCAUUAAUCAGUAUUUUUGAUAUUAGCAUUAAAUAAAGUGACUCAGAAUGUAACAUCUUGGAGUUUUAAACCCACUGAGCUAUUUAGCUUCUUUCUGGUCCUCAGUUUGGUCUUAUGGCACAUUUACCACAUGAUCCAAUAUCAGUGUUUCCAGCAGCAGCACUGGAUUUACAGUGUAAAGAAGUAACAUCUCCAAGAUUUUUUAGAUUUCCUUAAAAAAGUAAUCUUCCAAUCCAAAAUCGUUGUGUAUUUAUGGAAUUCAUGGGAGACACGGUUACCAAUACAGUAUUGUAAUUUUAGCAUGUAGUCGACUUAAAGUAUUCCAGAUGCAUUAAAUGAGUGUUAAUGGAUUUUCAGUUGUGACCAUCUGCCUCUACAGCUUUACCACAAUAUCCUAUAAAACACUGAAAUGUUCAGUGUUUUGUUAUGACAAUCAGAGAAGUCCUGAAGGAAGGGCCUGUUGUGUAUGUACUGUAUGUAUGUAAAGAAUGUUUAUAAGUCUAUCUGUAUAUGAAUGUAGGAACAAAGCCAAGCAUGUCUGUUCUAUAUGUGCUUAGACGUUACACAUGAAAAAUGACUUACAAUGUCAAGACAAUCCGUUCUGUAAAUGACCAUUUUCAGGAUAGAAAGUGUCCCAAACAAAAUGUGCGCAUACUGUCAGUCGCUCUUUUUUCUGUUCAGUAAAAAAUAAAAAAGGUAAUAUUUAGUUGAGGUAUCGAAGAUUGUCACAAGACCAA